UUAUUUUCUUGGGCCAGCCCAUCACGUCUUUCAUAGGGCUUGAAAUGGGCCCACUUUGUGGCCCAUUGAAAACACAAACGGCGUCAUUUCAUACUUUUUCCUCUCUUUCUUGUAGUGGCAUUCAUUUCACUUCACUCUACACAUCAGAAAACAAAAAAAACCUGCUCAAAGGUUCUAUUGUUCGAGGAAUGCUGCUCACUGUUCAGUAAUUAUCUUAAAUCUAAUGGCAACUUACUAGGCCUUCAAGUUUACUGCAUUUUCAGAUUUACAAACUUGGGGUUUUAAAUAUUUCUGUUUUCAAGAAGAUGGGAAAAUCCCCUGGAAAAUGGAUCAAGACCUUACUUCUUGGGAAGAAAUCUUCAAAGUCCAAUUUGUCCAAAGAAAGAAAGAAGCUGAAUUCUGCAAAUAAAGGAGAGGUAUUGGUUUCUUCCAAGGUAACUGUGUCUGACCUAUCAGUGGAUCCUCCAUCAAUUUCAGCACCUAUUCUGGUGAGCGGUGCUAGGGACAUAGAGGAUUCUGAGAAGGGUAUGCCUACCCAAUUGCCAAAUGAUGGGGUAAAUAUCUCAUCUUCAAAAGCGGAAAGAAAUGAUGCUGCAAUAAGUAAUUUUGGUAAUCCAGAAGAUCCUGAUAGGAUUAGGCUCGAUCAAGCUGCUGCAAAGGCACAGGCUGCUUUCAGAGGUUAUCUGGCUCGCAGGGCAUUUCGAACCCUUAAGGGAAUUAUAAGGCUGCAAGCACUUAUACGUGGUUACUUGGUUAGAAGACAAGCUGUUGCUACUUUAUUCUGUACAUGGGGAAUUGUUAAGUUCCAGGCAGCAGCUCGUGGUCAAAAGGUCAGGUGUUCAGAUAUUGGCAUUGAAGUGCAGGAAAAACAUCUAAGACUGCUUCAGGGUUCUAAAAGCUCGGAUUCUUUCAGAGUGACUGCAUCUUCUCAGGUGAAGAAUUUAUCAAAUAAUGUGUUUGUUAAGAAGCUUCUGGCUUCAUCACCUUCUGUAUUACCUCUACGACUUCAGUACGGUCCUGAGGAACCUGACUCAUCAUGGCAGUGGCUUCAACGCUGGACAAGGUCACAUUUUUGGGAAUCACCUUCACAGCCAAUUAGGAGUCUGGCAUCGAAGUCUCAGACAAAGGGCGUUGAAAAUGGGCAAGGAAAGACAAAGCGAAGUGUUCGGAAACUGUCCAAUGCAAAAGUUGAAAAUGGAUCUAGUCGUUCUAUUUCAGAGCAUGAAAAACCCAAACGUGGUCUGAGGAGAGUUUCUGGCAACUCAGCAGCAGAUUCAGUUCAGGAGCAUCCACAAAAUGAGCUUGAGAAGGUUAAGCGAAAUUUAAGAAAACUUUCUGACUCUGCAAAGGAGGUUUCUGAUAAGUCUGAGGUUGUUAAUGAGAAAAAAAGGCAGACUCUGAAAAAAACUUCUACUUCUGAUGCUCCUCAUGUUUCCGAACAGGAAUCUGCUGUGAAGAUGAGAGAUGUGACUGCCACACUAUCAAAACUGUCAAAUCUUGAGGCAGAUCUGAAAUUUUCCUCCGAAGAUGCUUCUCUUGACGAGCCUAAUGUCUGUCCUCCAGUUGACUUGCCACCUGCUGAAAACAAUGGUAAAAUUGAGAACAUAUUGGUAACAGAGGAGUUAAGCUCUAAGGAUGAGCAGGUCAGCGAUGAGAGCUCAAAAGCAAACCAAAGAAGAGCUUCUUUCCCUGCAAAAAUUGAUAAUCAAGAAAAUGGGUUAAAUAACAUGCCAAAAGUGCCCAGUUAUAUGGCACCAACUGAAUCUGUGAAAGCUAGACUUAGGGGUCAAGGCUCCCCCCGGUUUACGCUUGAGGUGGUUGAGAAAAAUGGGUUAAACGGACGAUAUUCUCUGCCAUCUUCAACCAAUAGCAAUCGAAGUUCACUGUCACCACAUGCUCAAAGACUGGUUCAAGUAGCUGGCAAAGGAGCUAUCCACAGUGACAAAUCUCUAUCAUCCUCUAGAAAUGCUAAUGAUAAGGUGGUCAAAGCUGAGUGGAGGAGGUAAUUUUUGCACAAGGAAGCGUGUCAUUGAAGUUCCCAUGGUUCAAGCAGAGAUGUAACGUAAUACGAGUUUCAUUAUAUGUUGUCACUUCUGGUGUGUGGUUGUAGAACCAGGAGAAUUAAUCAUCUAAUCUUUUAUUUGCUUGGUGCAUUUUUAAGUUCCAUUAGCACUUUCAGGAGUGUAGAUGGGUAAAUAUUUAUAGAUGUUACACUUAGUUAUUUGGUUUCUUUUUGUUUUUUGUGUUUGUAUAAUUCUUUAGCUCCCCUUUUCACCCUCAUGUAUCAGAGUUCAAACAUGAUAAUCUCUUUCCAUUUAAUAUCAUGACGAAUACAGUGUGCUGAUCUGCCAAUGGAAUGCUUUGGCUUUCAUAGACGUUGAUGCUCCGUUAUAGCAAGUUGAUUCUGUAGAGGGUUCUGCUAUAAAUCACCUCAAUUUGAGGUAGGAUUCCACAUGUUGCGGGGAAUUAUGUAGUCAAAUGCGCACAAAUUAACGCCUAAGCUGACUUUUUUUUC